GAACCCCUCUCCAUAUAAAGGUCGUUCGGUCUACAUAGACGUCUUGAAAGUCCUGCAUUUCAUUCUGAAGUCCUGCACGUCGAACAUCAGCUAAAAGGUUUCUCUCUGAAAGUGAAACCGUGCGGUACAGUUAGAGCACAGACUAAACACGGCGACUCAGCGACAGUGAAGAAACAUUGCCCCCUUCUGGCGGACAAAGGAACAUCUUGGAGGGACGGUCUGUGGACAUGGAGAAGCCAGUCUGUCUGAUUGAGAACACAAGUGCAGGUGAACUGCGGGUGAACCAGGAAGCCCUGGAGAUUCUGAACUCCAUCAAGCAGCCUGUAGUGGUGGUGUCCAUCGUAGGGAUGUACCGCACGGGUAAAUCGUACCUGAUGAACAGACUGGCUGGGAAGCAGACAGGGUUCCCCUUGGGCUCCACUGUCCAGUCUGAGACUAAGGGCAUCUGGAUGUGGUGUGUGCCCCACCCUCACAGAGAUAACCAAACUCUAGUCCUGCUCGACUCUGAGGGUUUGGGGGACGUGGCAAAGGGAGACCAGGCUCAUGACACUUGGAUCUUUUCCCUGGCCGUCCUCUUGAGCUGCACGUUCGUCUACAACAGCAUGGGCACCAUCAACAAUGAAGCUGUGAUGAGCCUGCACUAUGUGACAGAGCUAACAGAACACAUCAAGGUGAAGUCCGGCAAGGAGGAAGAGGGCGAUACAGCUGCCAAAUACAUCCACUUCUUCCCCACAUUCGUCUGGGCUGUGAGGGACUUCACUCUGGAGCUGAGGAUCGAUGGACAGACCGUCACUGCGGACGAGUACCUGGAUAACUCCCUGAAGCUGGUGAAGGGUAAAUCCAGACAAGCGGCCUACAGCAACGGCCCUCGGGAAUGCAUCCGGAACUACUUCCCGACCAGGAAGUGCUUUGUGUUCGACCAGCCUGCCUCCAAGGAGAAACUGAGGAUCAUAGACAAACUGACUGAUGCUGACCUGGAUCCGGCCUUUGUCCAGCAGACGCUUGACUUCUGCAGCUACAUUUUCAAACAAUCGAGAGAAAAAACUAUCACUGGAGGGUAUACAGUCACUGGACAGAUGCUGGGGAACCUGGCAGUGACGUACGUGGACGCCAUUCGGAGCGGGAGUGUUCCGUGUUUGGAGAACGCGGUGGCAGCACUGUCUCAGAUCGAGAACUCGGCGGCAGUCGAGGAGUCUUUCGCCCUCUACAGACGGCUGCUGGGAGAGCGGGUAAAACUGCACACUGAGACUCAGGAGGAGCUCUCCACAGUUCAGGACGUCUGCCUGAAGGAGGCGCUGCAGCUCUUCAUGAAACGCUCCUUCAAGGACGAGGACCAGAGCUACCAGAAAGGCCUCAUGGAGCGUAUAAGAGAUGAGUAUGAUGGGAAAUGUAGUGAGAAUGCAGUACUCUCGCAGACUCACUGCAUCGCUCUACUACAACAGCUGUGGAACAAUCUGGACCACGACUCCUUCAUGAAACCUGGAGGAUAUGCAGACUACCGGGUCCAGCUGGACUCCAUCAUUCAAACCUACAGAGCUACACCUGGGAAAGGUGUACAGGCAGAACAAGCUCUGGAGAUCUUCAUGAAGGAGAAAAAUGAUGUGGGCUCGUCCAUCCUGAAUGCGGACAGAAACCUCUCAGAACAAGAGAGGAAGCUGCAGGAGGAGGAAGCACGUGCAGAGAUGGAGAGAUUUAAGGCAGAGGUGGCCCGUAGGGAACAGGAAGACACUGAGAAACGUUUGGAGGAUGCACAGAGAGCUCACAGAGAGAAUGAAAAGCAACUGAUGGAGAGGAUGGAAAAGGAACGACAUGCUAUCCUUGAGGAGAACCAGAGAGUUCUCGACAGACGGCUGCAGGAGCAGAGAGCGCUGAUUUCAGAGGGGUUCGAGCAGAAAUCCAGGAUGAUGGAGGCUCAAAUAGAUUCCUUACAGAAGGAGGUGGCAGCAUCCAAGAACAGAGGGGGUGGUGGGGGCUGUAUCCUCCUCUAAUAACAUCCUUAGGGGUGUAAGCCUGUUCGAUGUUAUACUUGCUGGUCAACUUCAGUAUCAAAUACACCAUAAUAGCAUUUACUAAAAUACGAAUCUGCAUGUUUCUAUUUGACUUGGCGAUCACAGGCCAUGUCAGACUGAGUGACCAGUCUCUGUAGUCAGGCCGGGGUUUUGAUAGUUAAAUACCAUUUUGCUUUAUUUAACCCUUUCGCUGGUUUUGGUCCUUCUUUAACUGGAGUAGUACGUUAAUUAAAAUGUGUUUAAAUUCUCAAAAGUUAAUGUAGCUGUUAGUGAAGCGGCUAACCUGUCAUUGUUCAGAACAGUCUUUCCCAAACUGGAUCCCACUGCAUGUGCUGCUUUUUGUGACAACCAAUCAAUCUUAAUUUAGAACAAUAAGUCGAUUCAAUUACAAUUCAGAGGUGGCAAGAAAACCAAUUGGAGUUAAAACUGGCAUACAUUGUGUGUCCCCAUCACUGAACUGGGAAUCAGUGGCUUAUUGGUACAAUCGUCUGUAAUUAUAAAAGGUGCAAUUUUGGCAUUAGCUGCCAAUUCUAUUGUCUAGGAUUGCUUGAUUUUCAUAUUUUAUUUUCACUUACAAUAAACUUUUCUUCUGUGAAAAAAAA